CUCGAAUCCCACGUGUGUUUGAUAUUCAUCAAUUAUCGUUAUACACUUAAAAACUUUAUUUUUCUACGUUUUCAAUUGACUGAUUGACUGUAUUUACAUGUUUAAUUUAGUAGUACUUAAAGAUACUGUUAUAAUUAACCCAUGGAAUUUCAACAAACAGAGAUUUACUGUCAUUCUAGACACACUAAAUAAUAGAUUCUCGAACAAGGUAAUACAUAACGUUGGUCUAUGUCUUUCGGUUUGGGACUUAUUAAAAGUAGAAGACAGUUGUAUAUUACCUGGAGAUGGCGCAACUCAUACAAAUGUAACUUUUCGUGCUAUUGUUUAUCGUCCAUUUAUUGAUGAAGUUAUUGUUGGAAAAAUUAAAUCGUGCACUAAAGAGAGAAUUCAAGUCACUGUGGGAUGUUUCGAUGAUAUUUUCAUUCUACCUGAAUACUUACAAGAAAACUCAUCAUUUGAUAGCAAAGAAGAAACUUGGAAAUGGCAAUAUGAAGAUGGGGGAGAAGCGCAUGAUUUGUUUAUGGAUAUUGGACAGCAAAUCCGUUUUAGAGUGAUUGGUGAGAAGUUUACUGAUUUAUCUCCUUCUGGACCUAGGAAUGAGAAUGCUGAAGAAAUGGUAGAGCCUAAUCUUACAAAAUCGUACGAAAUUACUGGAAGUAUAUGCGAACCUGGUUUAGGAUUAAUUUCAUGGUGGGAAAGUUGAAUAACAGAGUUGUUUUCAUUCUUUAAGAAUCAGAGAUGUGAAACAAUUUUAUAAACCUUCAAGAAAAUUUAUGAGUUUGUUAUCAAGUCUAUUUUUAAUGCUCUAAGAUAAUCAAAGUUCAGGCUAAAAUUGUUAUGUCGUAUAUCUAUGUUUCCAAACUGUUUUUGUAGACUUCCUCAAGCUUAGGAUCUAAAUAAAGGACAAGACAUAAACCUUAUUAUCAGUCUUUGGCUUAAACGCCACCUAUCGUCGUUUAAUUACCUACAUUAUAAGAAGUUGGAUGAUGCUUAAUGCAAUAAACAAGAUCCUAUUUAUAGAUUAAAACUCUUGAUAUUAUAGAAAGUAAAAUUUCAAUAAAC